GCGGGGAGGAUUGACGUCAGUGUCGGCUGCUGAUUGGCUGUCAGCCGUAUCCGGUGGGGCAGCGGUCCAGGGCUCGGGAAAGAAAUCGAAGCGAGGAGGAUCUGGUAACGGUGCGCCUCUGAGAAAUAUCACCCAUCCCGAGUCUCUUACGAAGGGCUCGGCAGGAAUUUACACGUUCUUUCUCUCCCAGUACAAAGGUUAGAGGUCACAGAGCAGGGUCGCCGUUGUCGUCAUGGCAUCUGGAAGUACGAGCAGCGAGGAGGAGCGGAGCCUGAGGGAGUGUGAGCAGUACGUGCAGAAACACAACAUUCAACAGCUGCUGAAGGACUGCAUUGUCCAGCUGUGCACCUCCAGGCCAGACCGGCCCAUGGCCUUCCUCAGGGAGUACUUCGAGAGGCUGGAGAAGGAGGAGGCCAAGCAGAUCCAGAACCAGCAGAAGGCCAGCAGUUCCCGCUCAGACUCCCGCGAUGAGGAGGUUUCUCCUCCCAUGAACCCAGUGGUGAAGGGCCGUCGGCGGAGAGGAGCGUUCAGCGCAGAGGUUUACACAGAGGAGGAUGCAGCCUCUUAUGUCAGAAAGGUCAUUCCGAAAGACUACAAGACGAUGGCAGCCUUGGCCAAAGCCAUCGAGAAGAAUGUUCUUUUCUCACACCUGGAUGACAAUGAGAGGAGUGACAUAUUUGAUGCAAUGUUCCCAGUCACCUACAUCGCAGGAGAAACAGUUAUUCUGCAGGGCGACGAAGGGGACAACUUUUAUGUUAUCGACCAAGGGGAGAUGGAUGUGUAUGUGAACAAUGAAUGGGUGACCAGCAUCGGGGAGGGAGGCAGCUUCGGAGAGCUGGCCCUGAUAUACGGCACCCCAAGGGCGGCCACAGUCAGAGCUAAGACCAAUGUCAAGCUGUGGGGCAUCGACAGAGACAGCUACAGAAGAAUACUUAUGGGAAGCACUUUGAGAAAGAGGAAGAUGUAUGAGGAAUUCCUCAGGAAAGUGUCCAUUCUAGAGUCUCUUGAUAAAUGGGAGCGUCUCACGGUCGCUGACGCUCUAGAGCCCGUCCAGUUUGAGGAUGGACAGAAGAUUGUGGUGCAGGGCGAGCCUGGAGACGAAUUCUUCAUCAUCUUAGAGGGUUCUGCAGCCGUGUUGCAGCGUCGCUCAGAGAACGAGGAGUUUGUGGAAGUGGGGAGGUUAGGACCGUCUGACUACUUUGGUGAGAUCGCUCUGCUCAUGAACCGCCCCCGCGCUGCCACUGUGGUCGCCCGCGGCCCCCUGAAGUGCGUCAAGCUGGACAGGCCUCGCUUCGAGCGCGUCCUGGGUCCCUGUUCAGACAUUCUCAAACGUAACAUCCAACAGUACAACAGCUUCGUCUCGCUCUCCGUCUGAGGGGAGCGGCCUCCCUCUCCCUCCACCCUCCUCCCUUCCUUUUAGACCCAGGGUCCACCAAUGCAAUUUGCUUUCCUCGUCACUUAAUUCUUCUUUCUGUUCGCUUUUAUCCCUUUUAUUUUUUUUUCCACACGGAGAUUAUUUUUGUUGUUACCACCCAUCACGCUGAGGUGACUUUCAGCCAUUCACCAGCGCUUGUACCAGCUGCUGUAUGCUACCUUGUAGGCACAGUUACAUCACGUUACCUAUGUUAUAUAAAUGUAUUUGCUGGCUACGCUUUGUUUUUUAGAGGUAAACACAGAGCAGGAGAUCUGGAAGACAUUAGGGUCUCAGACUGAUGAGACAGGACAAUCAACCUUUACAGUGGCGCUUCUGGGAGCUUGUUACAGACGUGUGUUGUACAUUGAAGUGAAGAAAGGACUGCUUUUCCCCGUUACACAGUUUUCUUUCUGCUUGAUUAGAUAAACAACGUAGAGACGAAACUAGAAGCUGAAGAAAGUAUGUGGUUGUAUCAAAUUUAGCUUUCAGGUUUCAGCUGUAUGAUGGUUGUUUUUGGAGUCUGUUUUGCUUCUUUCCAGAAAGCUCUCAGAACUUUUAAUUAACUGUGCAGCUACCAGGCUAGUGCCAAAUGUUGAUUACUGUCACAUUGCAAGGAUGCAUAGCCCUGGAUAAUGCAGCGCAAGUUCUCUUCCCUUCUAUCUGAGGCUCCAAACAGAAAGUAGUUGUUACCCUUAUUGUCCUCUUAAUCGGUAGAACAACCAUACAAGAACUGCCUUGACUACUCGAAGGGAAAAUAUAUAAAAUGAAGUAAAAAAAAAAAAAAAGAGUAUUAUAUGUAUUUCAGUAUUGAAUUUUUUUAGUAUAAACCAAAUAACUUGGUCACACUUCUGCUAUGGUUUGUAAUCAAAAAUGUUAUCAUAGUAUAGUUAAAAUGAUCAUAGUUAUAUUAUUAUCAUUGACUUAAUGAUGAGCUUAUGGUUUGGAGUGAUGGUGAUCUUAAAUAAAAUAUGUUUAACUGUCUUUUGUAAACACUUAUUUUUCCAUAAAUUCUAUUUUAGGUGUCCAGUGCCACAAAGUAAAAGAAAAAAGCUUCUUCCUGUCAAACAACAAACCAGUAUGUAUCGUAUUGUGUAUAAACAUCAUGGGGUUGAAGUUUUUAACCGAGAUCUAAAAGGUAAACUACCGGUUUGUUGAAGUGAUGUCUUGAAAGGAGAUUGUUUUAUGGAAUUCAUGACAUGAGAAGUAUUUAUGUGUGAAAGCAUCACAGGCCGAGCGAGGGGAUAUUUAUUUAAAAACGUGUGUCAUUGCUUCUUACCUGGUGAAAAGGUGGCUGUCUUUUCAUCAGAGUAGCUUGUGAUCUGUUCUCUAUGCUUACUUGGCACGAUGUUUUAGACAUCCACUGAUCCGGUAUGAAUGGAGGCGUGUAUUUAAAAAGAAAAAAAGAAAAAAAAACGUGUCCUGCAGCUGCAGGGACUUUGUCAAAUAUUUGGUUUGUUACUCCCUAGCUUAACUGCUUCAUGACUAUUUAGAUGGCAUAAAAUGUUACGUCUGUCUUUUUUUUUUCUUUUUCUAAAGAUCUUUACCAAAUCACACAAUGUUGACUUCUGGAUUAAAGGCUUAACUCUUCAUUCCUGCCUCACUAGCUGUUACCAGAAGCUUUCAUGCAUCCGUUUUGUCUCAAUCUGAGCACUUUUAAGCGCUCAGAAUUGAGAUGUGUUUGUGUGCGAAAAGAUUUGAUUUUGGUGCCGAUUGCAGGGUAGUCAGGUUAGUGAGAGGAGCUUUUGUGAAUGGAAAUGAGUGUUUUUUUCUCUUAUGUUGAAUUGAUCAUCAUCAUCUGACUCCUCCCUAACUGUGGGGAUCCUCUUUUGGAUUUGGUUACCCGUGGAUUUGUGUUCGUUAAUCCUGAUCCAUAAGGAAUGACAGUUUCUGGGCGAGGGGAUUGUGUCACCCUCCGUCAGAUUACAGUUUUCAUGUAAAUAGCACCAUCAUCAGUUUUAGUCCAAACUGUUUCUAACCACACUGCAAUCGUCCCGGUUUGCCUUAGCUUACCUUACCUGGGCUUUCAGUAGUUGUCAGUCACUCCUGCUAGCCCGAAACCUUCAGUGAGUUUGUUCAGCCCGCAGCGUAGAGAGCUGCAGGCGAUCAGAGGACCAUUCUUUUUCUAUUCUACCCUGUAUUCAGUUUGACCUCCUCUAUGUGCAAAGAUGUUUAUCCUUUUGGUAUAGAUUGUUCCAGAUGGCAGUUUAAGCAAUAAAAAAGUAAAAAUAAUA